UUAUUCAUUUUGAACCUGGAGAGAGUCCUUCAGAAGAUGCGAUCAUGAUGAACACGCCGGUGGUUAAAGCUGCCUUGGAGAUGGGAUUCAGUAGAAGGCUGGUAAAGCAAACCGUGCAGAGUAAGAUCUUGGUGACUGGAGAAAAUUACAAGACUGUUAAUGAUCUUGUCUCCGACCUGCUCACUGCUGAGGAUGAGAAGAGGGAGGAAGAGAAAGAAAGACAGUUUGAAGAAGUGGCGUCAGAUGAUUUGUCCUUAAUCCGGAAGAAUCGAAUGGCUUUAUUCCAGCGUUUAACAUGCGUACUUCCCAUCCUUGGGAGUUUACUAUCAGCUAAAGUGAUAACAGAACUUGAGCAUGAUGUUAUUAAGCAAAAGACGCAGACACCGUUGCAAGCAAGAGAACUGAUAGAUAUGGUUCUAGUGAAAGGAAAUGAAGCAGCCAGCAUAUUCAGAAACUGCCUGCGAGAUUGUGACCCUGUACUGUACAAAGAUUUAUUUGUGGAGAAGAACAUGAAGUAUGUUCCCACAGAAGAUGUUUCAGGUUUACCUAUGGAAGAACAAUUAAGAAGAUUGCAAGAGGAAAGAACAUGUAAAGUUUGCAUGGAUAAAGAAGUUUCUAUAGUUUUUAUUCCGUGUGGUCACUUAGUGGUAUGCAAAGAAUGUGCACCGUCCCUUAGAAAGUGCCCUAUUUGCAGGGGGACAAUAAAGGGUACAGUUCGUACAUUCCUUUCGUAAAGAGGGGAACUUGCAAAAUGCCUUUGUUCCUUGUCAUUUUCAACUGCUGAAGCUUAAUCCAGCAGUGUCUUAAGAAUGGAAAA